AUGGGUCAGCAGCUCAGCGGGGAGGGCACACUGGACAGCUACUCGUCCACCAUCUACCGCAAGGCGUUCGGAAGCGUCGACACCAUCAACCUAAUCAAGGCGCUCAACGCCACGUUCGGCAUUCUCUCCACGCCGAACGCGGUCUGGACGGUGGACCGCUUCAGCCGCAACACCAAGAGCUACGGGGUCGGCAUUGGCAUCGCCUUCCUGGCCUUCCUCGGACAAUUACACGGCAACGCAAAGGUUGCACCAGGUCAGCAGGCUUCGAUCGAGAUAGACUUGGCCCAUUCAGGCCGCAGGGGCCAUCUUUCAUCUUUUCUCUACCCGCUACGCAGCCAGCAGAGUCCCAGCACCUCACUUUGGCGCAUGGCGCUGCGCGUCUACCGGGGCAUUGACGGGGCCGUCCCCUUUGCUCCGCUCGCUGAACCCUCCUGA